AUGAUGAAAAAAGGUUCAGUUUUCGCUGGUAAAAAAGGUCCGAUGACCACUGGCUAUGGUACACCAGUUAAUAUUUCAUCAGCGUCAUCAUCAUUUUUCGAUAAUAGCCUUCAACAAAUGUCGCAUAAUCCAUUGGGAGGAGCUCCAAGAAAUUGGCAAGCAACACCUUUAAGUUCACAUCGAUUUCCUGCUCCUCAUCAUCCAGUUCAACAACCAAAUUCAACGACAAGUAUUCGAACACAUCCUUUAGCUGCAUCAGUUGCUGUUACAAAUACACCAAAUUCAAGUAUGAUCAAUCGAGUUAAACCAUAUACGCUUCAAGGUCUUGUUGAAAGUCUCAAUGAGAUACUUGCUGAACUUGGUAUUCCACAUUCAAUGCGUUAUGAUACAAAAUAUGGCUUUGAAGAUAUUCUAACUGUACUCGAUCAAUUAACAAAUCCAUCACGUUAUGAAGCUCAUCGUUUUCAACCAUUUCCACCACUACCUCAACCUUCUAAACCCGGUGGAAAAAUAUCAUUAACCGAUCGUUGGGCGUAUCUAAAACAAGUUCUUCUAGCAUAUCGUCUUUCUAAUCUCGACCAAUUAACACGUAUUAAACCAGAACGUGUGAUGGCACAUGAACAUAUAAUGAUUAUGAUUGAAUUAUUAAUACAAUUAGUUACAUGUGUACUUAAAAGUCAACAAGAACAAGAACGUAUAUCAACCAAUAAUUAUCUAACUGAAUUUAAAGUAUUGAUGCGUCAAAUGUUUUGGAUUGGAAGACAUAGUCCUGUUGUUAUGGAAGAAUCCAUGCAUGAAUUGAGACACCAUAUCUAUGCGAAAGACAAUCUUGAAGUCGUUGAUCGAUUGAAACAUGAAAAACAAAUGAAUGAAAUGACCGUUGAACGUGACCAAUUAAAAUGUGAAUGCGACCAAUUGAAAGCUACUCGUAAUGGACUGGAAAAUGAUUGUACAACAUUAACAACUUCGAAUGAGAAUGAUAUUAUUGAAUUUACUCGAAAACAAGAAGAAUCAUCUGAUGAACAAUCAAAACUAAUGGAAUUGACACAAAUUGUUGAACAAAAAGAGAUGGACAAAAAGCAUUUAACUGAUCGUAAUCAAUUAUUGUCAGAUAAGCUGUUCAGUCAGCAAACAGAUGUUGAAUUACAACGUCAUAUUCGUUCAAAUAAUGAACUUAAACAACAACAUGAAGUUCUUCUUUCUACAUUACUUCUUGAACAACAAUUACAUACAACAGCAUCCAACGAACAUAAACGACUUGUUAAAGAAUUACAAGAAUGGCUUGGUAAAUAUCAAAUAUUACUCAGCGCCUAUAAACACAAAGCACCUCGUCCACCACCAACAGCGGUUGAUUUUGAUCUGAGCGAUAUUAUUGGUGAUACAACAUCAAAUAUAAACAAUGAUUCAGUUAAACAAGCUCAAAUAGCUAUUGAAAAUUUAACAAAAGAAAUCAUUGCACAAGAAAUUUUAUUAGCACAACGUCAUCGUGAUCUUGAACAAGAAUCAAAACAAAAAAUUGAAGAACUUCAGUCUGCUGAACGUGAAUGGAAAUCGGCUGCUAAACAUGGUCAACGUCGAGCAGCUCAACAAAAUGAAUUAAGUCGUUUUCAACAAGAAAUUCGUUUGAUUGCAAUCAAAGUUGUUGAUCUUGAACGACGUACUGAAGAAAAGAAAGCUCUAACAACUGAAUUAAAGAAAGAAUUCGACCGAAUUAAAUCUGGUAUUAUUGAUUUAUUAUCUCGUUUCGAAUUAUUAGAAACGAAUUAUGUUAAUAAAGAAGAAGAAGUUCGUACUCAUCUAUCAUGGUUUAUGUUUGAUCAAACUCAAUUAGCCAAAGUUUUUCGACGUGAUGUUGAAGAAUUGAAACGUUUACAACAAGAACAUCUAUCAAAAUUAGAUACCAAUGCAAAUCUAUCAUCAUUCGAUGAACUUUUACAACAACAAGUUAAUAAAUAUUAUCAUUAUAUGAACUUUGAUGAUGAUGAAGAAGACGAAGAGAACGAAAAUCUCAAUCAUAAGGUUAAGUUAGUUAAUGAAUUAGAUAAAUUACAUGAUGACCAUGUUUCAUGGUUGAAAAAGAAGAAGAAAGAUUUGAAAACAACAGCGCCUAUUGUCGAACGAUUACAAGAACUCUACAAUCAUUUACCAAUGCUUGAUUUUCAGAUUAAUCGUAUUGAGUUCAUAAGUAACGAAUUUGGUUGUGGAUUAAAAAAGCAAAAGUUAAUAAUGAACGACUCUGAUGAAGAUAUUGAUCCACUUAUGGGUCCUGUAGCUGAACUGAUGGCUGAACAUAAUCUCGCCUCAACAACAACGACAACAACAACAAGUGACAUGCAAAAAACCAUUCAAUCAAUCGAAACUCUUGAUCAACAAAUUAAUAUUCUCGAUUAUUUAUCAUUUUUUAAUAUUCAUUUACUCUUCAGAAAUAUCUUUAAUUAUAUUCUCGAUACUCAAUGGUACAAUUACAUGAAGAGAACAUUUCCAAAAGUUGAGCAAGACAUAUUUUCAAAUCGCACACAAAUGUACUCAUCGUUAAAACGAUUACUACUACUCUUACUUAUCUACGCAAUAUCAACAUUACCAUUACCAUAUCUAUUUCAUAUUAUACUUAUUAUUGAUAUUUUAUAUCUUUUUAUUAUUGAUUUUAUUUUACCACUUUACAUUUAUUAUAACUGGUUUAAUUGUUUAAAAUCUAUUCGUUUAUUUUUAAAUACGAUUCAAAAUCAUCAACAAUGGCUAAUAACAAUUCAUGGUUUUCAAUUAAUUCGUCCGACAUCGUCCUUAUUCGAAAAUGAACUAUAUGAACUUCGUCGCCGAAUAUUUGAAGAAUUAAAAAAACAUUUUCUAUAUUCUCGUCAAACAGCUCAACAAUAUUCAAUUCACAAUGAACAAUUAAUAUGUUAUAUUGAUCUCGAGGAGUUCGGUCCAUUAAUAAUUCCAACAGAUGAACAUGAUUAUAAUAAAAUAACAAAUUACUACGAUCAAACAUCAAUUAAUUCAUUGUUAAAAUUAUGUCAUUUACAAAUUAAUGAAUGUAUACAAUUAAUAAAUUUAAAUCGUCCAAAAUCCUAUGGGAUAUUUUAUAAUUAUAAUAAACUUUUAUCGAAAUCGAUACUAUGUUUGAAUAAAAUAAAACAAAACUGUUCUAUCAUGAUUGAUUAUAUUGAUAAUGAAAAGCUUUCUUCGAAAAAAUUAGUGUCUUCUUAUUUUCUACUUCGUUCGAAUUGUGAACAAUUAUUCGAUAUGAAUGAAAAGAAUUCUUUUAACGAUGAACAAUUAAAACGUAUUAUUCAAGAUCUUAAAACCGUUGUUUAUUCACUUGAAGGAAUACAAAUAAAACCGAAAACAUCAAUAGAACAAUCAAAUAAUGAAGAAACAGUAUCCAAUGAUAAUCAUUCAUCGAAUAUAUCAAGUUAUCAUCGAUUUGAUGAUGAAAUAAAAGAAUCUACAGAUGAAAUUCUUGUAUGUGAUACAGGAAAAUUAAAUGACGAUGAACUUAAAGAGAAUCGUUUAGAUAUUGAUGAUUAUGAUCAAAAAUUCUUACGUGAACAAACAAAUUAUCUUAUGAAAGAACUCCAAAUAGCAAUACAAGGAAAAAAACAAGAAUGGACUGAACGUGAACAACGUUUAUUAGGAAAUGUAGACAAUAAUAAUGACAAUCCAGUAAUUCAUAAAGAAGAAGAAGAAGAAGAAGACAAAAAACCAAUUAUUGAUAAUGAAUCGUUCGAAAAAUUAUCAUCAAUGCCAAAUACGAUAUCAAUGCUUGAUGAACUCAAACAUACAUUUGUAUUAAAUAAAAAGAAACUUAAUACGAAUGAAGAUGUAUUCGGAGAAGAAGAAGAAAUUUUCGAUGAUGAUGAUGAUGACGACGACUGA